UGCAGAAAGCAUAGUGCUCGUCCGCUCAAAAAAACUGUUAUGGAUGUCCAGUCUGAUGAAUACUCAACUCGGGGAUGGGUACCGCAGCCCCACGCAAACCGUGUAUCUGCAAUCCGUAGCGUGGUUUUCUCCUCGCUCUGCUGCCCUUAGCUCAUAUCUUACAUAACCCUUCGCGCCCAGAGACCAUCUCGAAUCGGAGCGAACAUCGCGCAGAGAACCCCGCGUCUUCUGGCUGCAGCUGCAGCUGAAGCCCGGGGUUGAAAGUGAGGAGAAGCCCCCCCGUACCCGUACUCAAGGGUCCAAAUGCAGAAGGCCGCGUCACGGAAUUCGGGUUUAACAGAAAAUAGUCUACUUUUGCCAACUGCCCAGCCUCUCUUGGCUGAGGCUGGGGGGGGGGGGGGGGCGGGAGUGGACGAGGACACCAACUUCGACGAUAUUGGGAAGAAUCGCUACCCCUCUCCAAGUUUUCCGCGGCGCCAGCCAUCGCGCACAUAUCCCGCAUCACGACGAGCGCGUGGAAAGUUUGGAAUGCUCGAAACGCUACCAGGCACUUGGGUUUUCGCCGCGGACGAUUUGGGGGAAUUUGAAUUGCUCGCCGGAAGUCGAACUGAUCGACGGGAGCGAAUUGAAGCGUCUGACAGGCUGGCGUUAGUAACAAGCCCAUCAAGGACGGCUUUCCUCUCUGCCGCAUCGCCGUUAUCGCGAGCCAAGCAACUCGUAGGUGAAAAAAAGUCCAGACUCCCCCCGGAUGGCGCGGCGUUGAAGAUCGACAGCACCAGAACAGGGUGGAGCGGAUGGAGAGGGGGCCGGGCUCGGAUGACAAAGAAGCCUGUUCGUUCCAUAGAAAAUGAUCUCAUGGACUGUUGGCGAUCCAAUAGUAGGCGCAAGCCUCGUUGUGAUUCGCGAAAACAGGACUUUUCGACUUUCAGACUCCCGAGGGCCUCACACAUUGGGGGCCUGUAUAUUUUGUUUCGGGCGCGGUUGGCUCCCCCCACCCGAUCCACGCAUGGCCCGCUGACAGGUCGCCCACGAUACGAGUCUAUCAAUACGGAACCAAUUCGUAGUGCUAGUAAGCAGAGGGCCGCAGUUGUAGCCUGUAAGCCAGGUACGUCGUAGGCACACCGCACAUGAUCACCAAAUAUCUUGAAUGCCGAUGUUCGGUAGUGGUUGGGGGGCGACUGGGCGAUAUUAGAGGCGUGGAAUUCGAUCUGGGAACGGCAAGCCUUCUUUCAACGUUCAAUGGCGUGUCUGCACAGCCCUGCGCCAGCAGUUUUCCGGGGGUUCAAAGUCAAAUCGAUGAUGGCCUUGAUGACAAAAGAAUAUCCUCAUUCCUGCGCGGCGAAGAUAACCGUCUGGCCCCCGCGAAAAUUGUGGCCUGACACCGCGACGACCGAGUUACGAGACAACUCAUGCCGCCCACUCGCAACGAGACAGGGUCGACGAAUUAGUUAGGGUUCUUGUUGGCGCCAAAGAAAUGCGUGAAAGCGAGGAACAAUAGG